UUUCACACAUUAUUAAAAAGAAAUGAAAAUAAAGACGAAAAAAAACAUAAUAACAAUUACAUAUCAAUACAGAUAACGUGCAAUGAAAAGAAUUUGCUUGCUCCGUACAUUAGCGAGUGAGUGUAACAUGUGUUGUCAUUAAUCGUAAAAUGCGCGUUGUUAUGCAAUCAGCGAUAAUGCAGUUAUCAAUGAACGAUAUAUAGAUAUCUUCUUAUUUUAUGAAAUUCAAAUUUUUACAUAGCCAGUAGGGGUCAUUUCUUUUUUCAUAUCAUUAUUCAAUUCAGUUUCAAAUAUCACUUGUAUUCUAGAGUUUUGGUAGAUAGUUCUCACAUAUGAAAAUAAACAGAAACAGGUUUAUAAACUGGAAAAUACACAAGGUGGUGGGGAAUACUAUGUUGUCACAAAUAUUAACAUUUUAAUGGUCGUUGUCUGCGGAAGCUUGCUUGGAGAUUACGUCGAAGUUUGUUCACAAUUAUUAUUGAGUAUUUUUCUGCACGUGCUUUCAAAUCUCAUCGAGAUGAGAAGCUUAUUGGGUCAUAUUUUAUCAGUUUCACGAAAUCGUCCGUAUGGAUCAUGUGUUAACGAAAGUCUUUUCUUGAUAUUUACGCUAUAGAUUUAAAAAACUUAUGACACCGUAACAUGAUUGUGUUUAAUGUAUAUACUAAACUAAUGCAAUUACCAUAGCUACUUUAAACUAAUACAAUUUCCCGCCAAAAGUGUUGCAUGUUUAAAAAAGGGCGGCAAUUUUAAAAAUAUAAUAAAAUUUUUUCCUGAUAACGUGAUAUAUCCUUUAUCCUUCCACGCGCGUCGCUGAAAUCACGAAAAUGAGAGAAAAGAAUGUAAUCUCGACGCGCGGAAAAAAGGCGGGAAAAGGAAAGCUGUAACAAAGAAGUCGCGCACGUGACGCUGGCGAAUUCGAAAAAGUGAUACAUACACGUUUACGUUUAUAUUUGAACAAUUCUUAUCGCGAUGUGCUUCGACAGAUAGCACUUAUGCGUGUCGUUUGAUAACCAAUCGCCACGUUCUCGGCCAAUUUUCGAUUCGUGACACGAUAUCUUACGUUCUCUGAAAAAAGUCACGAAUCGAGCACGCGGUCAAGAGCGAAAUGGUUCGCUGCUCCUCAUUAUCAACGAAGGAAUUUUAUUUCGACCGAUAAACCGCAACGGUUCGUUUCACAGUAGGGGGAAUCAUUGUCGAUACAAAUGACGAAGGUGAUCCGCGGAUAAAAUUGUCAAAGGUGAAGAAACGAAAAUCUUUCCAACGUGAAAUUUCAAAUAUGUAACAAUUUGAAGAAACUUGCCCGUGUAUUUUAUUUGAAAACAAUCAUUUCUCCCAUGGGUCCUUAUCCGAAAUGAAAACGAUCCUCGUCGUAUUGGAUCGUGGAAUUUUUAAACAAAGUUUUUGUUACUAUUGCGCAAUAAUCCAUCGCGUAUAAUACGGGUUACAUAACAAUAUACUAUGUAGAAAUGUGUCCACUGCACGAUUCGUGUGUACGCGUCUACUUACACGAACGGAUGUCACCGUAACGUGUGAAUAACGAUACUGGCGUCCUUCUUCCUCUUCGUGGUAGUAACGUCCACAUUGGACUGCAGCACGUAACAGAAGGACAAAUAUGUUUAUGACGAUUGGAAUUCAUUAAGAUGACGUAGAGAGAAAGAGUGAGACGUCUUGAAAACAACGUACAGCUGAAAAUUGAAUCUGAAUGGAAAGGGUAGAAGUAGCCAUUGGAAAUCGAUCCAAAGUUUCAUAGAUUUUUCGACCAACGAACAAGAUAAAUCCUAUAUGGAUAAUCGUAACAAGUGCAAAGAACAUACUGGUUAAAUAAAAAUAACCAAGGUUCUUGACCCCUUAUCUAAAGAUUAUAAAAAAAAAAGAAGAAAAAAAUCGCUUCAAAAUGAUCAUAGACGAAGAUGGUGGGAAAUAAAACCAAAAAACAGAUAAUAUAUAAAAAUCAGAGAUAUUUUGAAACGCAAUAUAUUAAUAUUUUCUCUGAAAAUACGAAAUGCAUGUGGUAAACGUUAAAUUAUCUUCAAAGUCAUCGUUAACAAUGUAAAAUGAAAAUGACGAGGAUAUCUCGAAAGUAGAUAGAACGAAACGAAUACGGUGUCGGAUAAGGUAAUACGCGUUACGUGGUGAGCGAAGAAAGGAGAAAGAGUAAGCGCAAGUCGCAAGUCCGAUGGCAAAAGCUCCGACGUUAAUCGGUAGGUUUCGACCACGCGACGAACCGAGCAGUUCAGUGGAAACAAACGUAAUGUCGUCGGUGUCCGACGACCCCUGAACCCUGUCGUCCGGUUGUUCUUUUUUCUUUUUUUUUCCUUUUACUCUGUUCUUGUAUCGUUGCUCACGUGUACUCCGUCUCGUCGUAUUUCGACGGCGAUUUCCUCUCCUCGAUCGGAGCGUUCACGAAGUAGCGCGCGCGGUAUCGCAACAGCGAGCCUAUUGCACGGCCAGUGCGUCGUCGUGUCUCCUUUGGUGCUCCUCGUCGUGGUGGAACGACAGUUGAAGUGAUGAUGAUGAUCGUGAUGACGACGACGACGACGACGGCUCGUCGUUCGAACGCCUGAUCGCGCGGCUAAAUCCGAAAACAAGAAAGUAACAGCGGGGUAACGAGAGAGCGCGUGUGUGCCUCAAGGGGAUUUCUAUAUAACAAUAGUAAACAAAGGCGAAGCAGUGUUACCGAGGACGCGUUCACCUGUGUCUACGUAUAUUCUCUUCUAUUAUUCUCCUCGGUUUCUUGGCGUAAAUCUCGAAGAGGAAGAAGAUAAUCGAAGAUUCUCAAGAACCGAUUAAACAAAUUCGGACAAUCCCGAGGUACAAAGCUGUGUCUGGUAUGCUUCGAGGUCUUCUGGACACUUUUCUCGGUUUCAAUCACGCUGAACAAAGUGACACACCAAGUGUUUCGUCCGCCGUUGUUCUAUUCGCUCCUCUUCUCUUCGGCUUCUCGUUCGCCGUGAUUAUACGCCGAUACGUUCACCUUGGACACAUUUUCACCGAUCGGCUCCAACAAGGGUGGUGGUGGUGGUCUCACCUUUCACGAGCAUUUCAUUCGGUGUACGGUCGUAGGAGGAUCGAGGGUAACGCCGAGUGCGUAGACAGUGAUCCAGGGAAACAGGGAUCGAAAGAGGCUGAUAACGUUCGCGUUAUUACGAUCAACGGCACGAUGUCGGAAAAUCCAGUAAGCUUCGUCGUCGGUGGACCCGACACCGAUCUAGCCGAGGAAUUGGAGGUUGAGGAUAGCUUCCCAUCCGAAGGAAGCGAUAUGGGCCUUAACCAGGCGCAGCAGAAUAUCUUGCCGGGCUUGGUCGAACGUCGCAAGCGACUCAGGCCCAGCAUGUCGCAGGGUACGGUGAUGAUUCAGACGCAAAAUCGGCUAUACGAAAAAGAUUUCACUAUCGCAACACCAGAAGAAUUCGUUCAUCGUUUCGGUGGUACCAAAGUUAUUAACAAGGUGUUGAUCGCUAACAACGGUAUAGCAGCAGUAAAAUGUAUGCGUUCCAUUCGACGAUGGUCCUACGAGAUGUUCAAGAACGAACGAGCGGUACGGUUCGUCGUGAUGGUCACACCGGAAGAUCUAAAAGCGAACGCGGAAUAUAUAAAAAUGGCAGACCAAUACGUUCCGGUACCAGGUGGAUCGAACAACAACAACUACGCGAACGUGGAAUUGAUCGUGGACAUAGCUAUACGUACCCAGGUGCAGGCUGUGUGGGCUGGAUGGGGUCACGCUUCUGAAAAUCCAAAAUUACCAGAAUUACUUCACAAAAAUAACAUUAGUUUCAUUGGACCAUCUGAGAGAGCCAUGUGGGCACUUGGAGACAAAAUUGCAUCGAGUAUAGUGGCUCAAACCGCAGAGGUACCGACGCUCCCUUGGUCAGGAUCAGAGUUGAAAGCUCAGUACAGUGGAAAGAAGAUAAAGAUAUCCUCGGAACUGUUCAAAAAAGGUUGUGUCUCCACGGUAGAAGAAUGUCUAGCUGCUGCUAAUAAAAUCGGCUUUCCUAUUAUGGUAAAAGCGAGCGAAGGAGGUGGUGGUAAAGGUAUCAGAAAGGUGGAGAAUGCUGAAGAAUUGCCUACGUUGUUUAGGCAGGUACAAACUGAAAUACCUGGAUCUCCGAUAUUCAUUAUGAAACUGGCUAAGUGCGCACGCCAUUUGGAAGUUCAAUUACUGGCUGAUAAUUACGGAAAUGCGAUAUCAUUGUUCGGUCGUGAUUGCUCUAUUCAGAGGAGGCAUCAGAAAAUUAUAGAAGAAGCUCCGGCUGUGAUCGCCAAACCUGAAGUUUUCGAAGAGAUGGAAAAAGCUGCUGUAAGAUUGGCCAAAAUGGUCGGAUAUGUCAGCGCAGGUACUGUCGAGUAUCUCUAUGACACGUCUGGACGAUACUUCUUUUUGGAAUUGAAUCCACGUCUUCAAGUGGAACAUCCUUGUACCGAGAUGGUAUCAGAUGUCAAUUUACCCUCUGCUCAACUUCAAAUUGCCAUGGGAUUACCGCUUCACCAUAUCAAAGAUAUCCGUCUUCUUUACGGUGAAAGUCCAUGGGGCGACAGUGUCAUCGAUUUCGAUCAACCACGGCAUAAGCCUCAACCGUGGGGUCACGUUAUAGCUGCUAGAAUUACUAGUGAAAAUCCUGAUGAAGGUUUCAAGCCAAGUUCAGGAACCGUGCAAGAAUUGAACUUCCGUUCUUCCAAGAAUGUUUGGGGUUAUUUCUCCGUGGCGGCAUCCGGCGGUCUCCACGAGUUCGCCGAUUCUCAAUUCGGUCAUUGUUUCUCUUGGGGCGAGGAUCGUGAUCAAGCUAGAGAGAAUUUAGUUAUAGCUUUGAAAGAACUGAGCAUCAGGGGUGACUUUAGAACCACCGUCGAGUACCUAAUCACGUUAUUGGAGACGAAUUCGUUCCUAGAUAAUAAUAUAGACACAGCAUGGUUAGAUUUAUUGAUCUCUGAACGUGUUAAGAGCGAUAAACCGGACGUAUUGUUGGCUGUAACCUGCGGUGCGCUUCACAUCGCUGAUAGAACUAUCACUGCCGCUUUCUCUGGAUUCCAAACGGCUUUGGAAAAAGGACAGAUACAAGCUAGCAAUGACUUAGACAAUGUUAUUGACGUUGAAUUGAUCAACGAUGGGUACAAAUAUAAGCUACAAGCCGCUAAGUCAGGUCCUAAUAGUUACUUCCUUAUCAUGAACGGUUCUUAUAGAGAGGUUGAGGUACACCGCCUAUCUGACGGAGGACUUUUACUUUCUUUGGACGGUGCAAGUUUCACCACCUACAUGAGAGAAGAGGUUGAUCGUUAUAGAAUUAUUAUAGGAAAUCAAACUUGCAUCUUUGAAAAGGACAACGAUCCUUCUCUGUUGAGAUCACCGUCAGCUGGAAAACUAAUCAGUUUCCUCGUCGAAGACGGUGGCCACGUUAAUCCUGGCCAAGCGUACGCUGAAAUCGAAGUUAUGAAAAUGGUAAUGACGGUAACAGCCGGCGAGGCUGGUAGCGUAUUCUACGUUAAAAGACCAGGUGCCAUUCUCGAGGCUGGUACUCUUAUCGCUCACUUAGAAUUAGACGAUCCGUCUUUAGUGACUAAAGCUCAAGACUACACGGGUCAAUUCCCGGAAACCGCGCCCCCUGCUGUUUCCGAGAAAUUGAAUCAUCUUCAUGCCAAAUACAGAGCUGCUCUGGAAAACACUCUGGGUGGAUAUUGUUUGCCGGACCCGUACCAUUUGCCACGUGUACGAGAACUUAUCGAGAAGUUUAUGAGUUCACUUCGAGAUCCUAGCUUGCCUUUGCUCGAACUCCAAGAGGUGAUCGCAACGAUAUCCGGAAGAAUUCCGAUCGCUGUCGAGAAAAAGAUCCGAAAAUUAAUGUCGUUGUACGAAAGGAACAUAACUUCCGUUCUAGCUCAGUUCCCUAGCCAACAAAUCGCCGCUGUGAUCGAUGGCCAUGCGGCAACCGUUUCCAAGCGAUCCGAACGCGAUGUGUUCUUUUUGACCACCCAGGCUAUAGUGCAAUUAGUACAAAGAUAUAGGAACGGAAUACGUGGGAGAAUGAAGACCGCCGUUCACGAGCUUCUUAGACAAUACUACACCGUCGAGAGUCAAUUCCAACAAGGUCAUUACGACAAGUGCGUGUCAGCUUUAAUAGACCAAUACAAGGAUGACGUAGCCACGGUAACAGCUAUGCUCUUCAGUCACAAUCAAGUGACAAAGAAAAACGUCCUGGUGACGAUGCUUAUAGAUCAUCUUUGGGCGAACGAACCUGGCCUCACCGAUGAAUUAUCGAGCACGUUGACGGAACUGACGAGUUUGAAUCGUACGGAGCACAGUCGUGUCGCAUUACGCGCGAGACAAGUGUUGAUCGCCGCUCAUCAACCUGCUUACGAAUUGAGACACAAUCAAAUGGAAUCUAUAUUCUUGUCAGCCGUGGACUUGUACGGACACGAUUUCCAUCCAGAAAAUCUACAGAAAUUAAUCCUCUCCGAGACGUCUAUCUUCGAUAUUCUUCACGACUUCUUCUACCAUUCGAAUCGUGCAGUCUGCAACGCUGCUCUGGAGGUUUACGUGCGAAGGGCGUACAUCAGUUACGAGUUGACCUGUUUGCAACACCUCGAGUUAUCGGGCGAAGUACCGUUGGUACACUUCCAGUUCUUGCUACCUAACAAUCAUCCGAACAGACAGAACCAGUCACCGGUUAAUCACAGAGUCGGAGCAAUGGCAGCCUUCCAAGACAUGGAACAGUUUGUCAGAUACUCCGACGAGAUACUUGAUCUUCUAGAAGAUCUCUCGUCGACCACGUCGGUCUCGGCUAAAGUCUUAGAAGCGGUUGACGCGGCUGGAAGCGAAUCGAGGCAUAGCACGUCUAUAAACGUGUCUCUGAGCAUGGGUGACCCUCCUGUACCGGUGGAGAUCAGCGGUACCGGUGAGAGACCAGCGGAACCGGUGCACAUUUUAAGCAUCGCCGUUCAAGAGAAAGAAAACCACGACGACGCUGCUCUGGCCAGGCUGUUCGGCGAUUGGUGCGCCACGAACAAAGAUGAACUGAUGUCACGGGGUAUCAGAAGGGUCACGUUCGCCGCUUUGAAGAGAAGACAGGUACCAAAGUUCUUCACGUUCCGUCAGAGAGACGGUUUCGUCGAGGACAGGAUUUACCGACACCUCGAGCCCGCUUGUGCCUUCCAACUGGAACUGAACAGAAUGAGAACGUACGAUCUGGAAGCACUGCCUACCUCCAAUCAAAAGAUGCAUCUAUACCUUGGCCAGGCUAAAGUUGCCAAAGGGCAACAAGUCACCGAUUAUCGUUUCUUCAUUCGUUCUAUCAUAAGACACUCCGAUCUGAUAACCAAAGAAGCCAGCUUCGAUUAUCUUCACAACGAAGGUGAACGAGUUCUCCUGGAAGCGAUGGAUGAAUUAGAGGUCGCGUUCUCGCAUCCACUUGCUAAACGUACCGAAUGUAAUCAUAUAUUCUUGAACUUUGUGCCAACCGUUAUUAUGGAUCCAGUUAGAAUAGAAGAAAGCGUAACCAGCAUGAUCCUCAGGUAUGGUCCAAGGCUAUGGAAGUUACGCGUACGUCAAGCUGAAAUCAAGAUGACCAUUCGUCCGGCUCCGGGGAAAGCAAUAUCCACAAUACGUUUGUCGAUCGCCAACGAUAGCGGUUACAGUAUAGACUUGCACGUUUACACAGAAGCAACCGAUCCAAAGACCGGGAUUGUUCGUUUCGAAUCAUCCCCUUCGGCGACGAACAAAUCUUGGAGACCAGGACCCAUGCACGGUUUACCUAUCUCCACUCCUUACUUAACCAAAGAUUAUCUUCAAGCGAAACGUUUCCAAGCCCAAAGUGCUGGCACGACUUACGUAUACGAUUUGCCGGACAUGUUUAGACAACAAACGGAAAUGAUGUGGCAUAAAUAUAUAGAGGAAAGGCCUGACUGCGAGAUAACUAUUCCAAAUCCUGUGAUGGAUUGCGUCGAAUUGGUGUUGGAGGGUGAACACUUGGUGGAACAGAAACGUCUGCCUGGUGAGAAUAACGUUGGUAUGGUUGCCUGGAGGCUAAGACUUUACACGCCAGAGUAUCCAGAGUCUGGACGAGACGUUAUAUUAAUUGCUAAUGAUUUGACACAUUUAAUUGGUUCCUUUGGUAUCAAGGAAGAUCUGGUGUUCUGUAGAGCAUCGGAAAGGGCCAGGCAACUUGGUAUUCCUAGAAUAUAUUUCUCAGCAAAUUCUGGAGCUCGCAUUGGCUUAGCUGAAGAAGUUAAAGCAUUGUUUAGAAUCGCAUGGGAAAAUGAAAACGAGCCAGAGAAAGGCUUUAAAUAUAUUUACCUAACACCAGACGAUUAUGCUCGUUUAGCACCUUUUAAUUCAGUAAAAACUUCGUUGAUCGAAGAUCACGGGGAAUCUCGUUAUAAGAUUACCGAUAUUAUUGGCAAAGACGAUGGACUUGGCGUGGAGAAUUUAAAAUAUGCUGGAAUGAUUGCUGGAGAAACAUCUAGAGCCUAUGAAGAGAUAGUCACAAUUUCAAUUGUAUCUUGUAGAGCCAUCGGUAUCGGUGCUUAUCUGGUACGUCUUGGACAGAGAGUGAUUCAGAUUGAAAAUUCACACAUUAUUUUAACCGGUUACAAAGCAUUGAACGCUGUGCUAGGUCGUGAAGUAUACGCGAGUAACAAUCAGUUAGGUGGUAUACAAAUUAUGCAUAACAACGGUGUGUCCCACACAACUGAUCCAAGAGACUUGGAUGGUGUUGCAACAGCUCUACGAUGGCUAAGCUUUUGUCCUAAAUACAAAGGUGCACCUCUUCCUAUAUUACCAACACCUCUUCCUGAUCCAGUUGAAAGGGAGAUCAGCUAUGUUCCUACUAAGACAGCCUAUGAUCCAAGAUGGAUGUUGGAGGGUAGAUAUUCACAGAAUGGUACAAACAGCUGGGAAAGUGGAUUCUUUGACCGUGGUUCUUGGCAGGAAAUAAUGAGACCCUGGGCUCAGACUGUAGUAACCGGCCGAGCUAGAUUGGGUGGAAUUCCUUGCGGUGUCAUCGCAGUUGAAACUAGGACCGUCGAGUUGCAUUUACCAGCAGAUCCUGCCAAUAUCGAUUCAGAAGCUAAAACAAUAUCUCAAGCUGGACAAGUGUGGUUCCCCGAUAGCGCGUACAAAACUGCUCAAGCUAUUAAAGACUUUGGAAAGGAGGAACUACCACUUUUCAUUUUUGCUAAUUGGAGAGGAUUUUCUGGUGGAAUGAAAGACAUGUACGAACAAAUUAUAAAAUUCGGUGCUUACAUCGUCGAUGGCUUGAGAGAAUAUACCAAACCAAUAUUUGUGUAUAUCCCACCGCACGGAGAGUUAAGAGGCGGUGCCUGGGCGGUAGUUGAUCCAACGAUAAAUCCUCGUUACAUGGAAAUGUUUGCCGACAACACAAGCAGAGCCGGAGUUCUCGAACCUGGUGGCAUAGUAGAAAUUAAGUUCAGGUCUAAAGAUAUACUUAAAGUUAUGCACAGGAUCGACGGUGUUAUUCAGAAACUCAAAGAAAAAUUACCUACUGCAAAUUCACCGGAAGAACGAACAGAAAUCGAAGCUCAAAUACGUAAAAGAGAAUUGAAUUUAGAACCGAUGUAUCACCAAGUCGCAAUUCACUUUGCUGAUCUCCACGAUACACCGGAAAGAAUGUUUGAGAAAAAUGCAAUUCAUGAUAUUGUUCCAUGGCGAAGGGCACGUAGAUCGCUAUAUUGGAGACUCAGAAGAAGACUUUUGGAAGAUGAAAUUAGAGAAGAAAUUCUGUCGACUCAACGUAGCUUAGACGUUCGACAAAUCGGUGCAAUGUUGCGUAGAUGGUUUAUAGAAGACAAAGGGACCACUGAAUCCUAUCUGUGGGAUCAGGAUGAAGCUGCGACAAUUUGGCUGGAGCAACAACGUCAAGACGAGAACAGUGUUGUUUCACGUAACAUUACCUGUGUGAAACAAGAUGCGGUUGUAUCUCGUAUCAAAGAAGCCUUGGAAGCAUGCCCGGAAAUGAGAUUAAACGCAAUAUUGGAAAUUGCCCAUAGGCUACAACCGGCAGAACGUAGCGAACUGCAAAGAACUUUAUCACAAAUUGAAACGACUACCCAGGAACACCACAAUGACUCAAGUGCUUCAUCCUAA